UCUAAAAACAGACUAGUGAGUGUAGUCUGUAGUUAUGCUGUUUUUAUUUCCCGUAUCAUCAGCAUUUUUGUUGCUGCAAUGGGACCAUCUGUUCUGCUUCGCUUUUCGGCUGGACUGCUCUUAUUGUCACAAUUGUCAGAUUUUGUCGAGGCCAAACGAUGGGAGACAUACAAAAGCUUAUGGCCGGGAGCCGUAAUACCUUAUCAGACUUCGAAAUCAGUUCAGUUCACUGAUUCCAAAGGUGAACUUCAAGGGGCAAUGGACGAAAUUCAUAGCAACACAUGCAUCAGAUUUGUUCCGCGAACCAACGAAGAAGACUUUGUACAAAUUUCAGCUGGAUUAGAUUGCCAUACCCCUAUUGGAAAAAAAGGAAAAGAACAGGUGCUAGUUGUGCAAAUUCCUUUUUGCUUGGAAAGGCGCAAACUUCUUCGGCAGCUACUUCGCGUUUUGGGACUUCCGAAUGAACAAUCACGCCCGGAUCGCGAUCAGUACAUUACUAUCAACCUGAGCAAUGUUGCUGUUUUGGACGCUCCAAUUUUUGCUAAACUGAAUGCUACGGAGUUGGACUUGCCGCUGGAUGAUUUGCCGUACGACUACAAUUCUAUUAUGCAUGCCGACGCUGAGUACAAAGCACUGAACAAUACCAUCCCCACAAUUAUUCCUCUGGAAAAUGGUGUGACGGUGGGAAAGGCUACCGGGCUUUCCUCUGUCGAUAUUAUGAAACUGAACCUGCUUUACUGUUAAACGUUCCAUGACGGUGACAUUAUAACCGCUUAGUUUGCUGCUGAUGUUAUAUUAACAUUGUUUUGUAUUUGAUGCAAACGAUUUUUUAUUUGAUCAUGCAUGUGGGAGUUUCGCACAUUAAUUUAACAUUGGUGUAGCUUUGUGCCUAGGACAUAAUCUGAUAAUUACUGACAAUAAUUGCAUAAUGCGUAGAAAAUGCGUAGAAAAUAUAACAAUAAUUUAUUGUUAUAUUUUCUACGCAUUCUGUACUGGCAUAUUGUACUGCAGCGAUACCGGAAGCACUGCCCACGACUUGAACAAAUUAAAGGUCACAGUGA